UUUUGAUUUAUUCGCACGAAACCUUGCAUAAUUCUCCUAAGACCGUCUUCGUCGAUCAUCGCCACGAUGAAGCUGAUCCUGUCUACCUCGUAAGUGGCAGAUUUGACGUUCUUCGUCUCGCAAAACGCAGGCUGAAAAGAGUGCAAAUGGGUAGCUGAUAUGUGAUGGUCGAUUGUAACCCUACAGGAAUGUAAUGAAAGGUGGCAGUCCGUCUGUCAUUCGAAAGAUAGGAGCCGAAAAAUCCAAUGUCGAGCUGAUCAACUCGCUGCGGGCCAAUUUUCUGGCAUCGCAGCAUGUUGAGCCUGUCACGCCUUCUUCUUCUUCUUCUGAGGAACAGUCGACGACGAACGGCACAACCUAUGCGAAUGGGCAGGCCCGUGAACAGAAACAAAGAUACCUGGAGUGGACGUCCCAGCAGGACGGCGCGAUGUACAUCCCCGCGUUGGACUUUUCUCAGGCCGGCUUAUCGGAGGAACGAUCGCAGUACGACAUUACGGUGAAAUUGUUCUACCUACCGGGAAUCCCGGCGUCAAGACGGUGCGCACAUACAAGAGAAGCGAUUGAUUUGGUAUUGAAGGAGCUACAUGUGGACUCGAUCGAUCUGCUGAUCGUCUCCUUUCCCGGUAUCUCGUUCGAUGCCGAUGACGACGGCGAGGAGGAGAUCUCGGACAACGGAAUUGAGGACCCAGAUGACUUUGACAACAUGCUGCAAACGUGGAACACCCUGGAGACUCUGUGUGACCAGGGAAUGAUCAUGCAGCUUGGAGUGGCAGAGUUUGGGAGCGAGAAGUUGGCCAAGUUCCUAUCGCAUACCAAGAUCAAGCCGUCCGUCGAUCAGAUCAACGUUCGGGACUGCUGUGUAGUACCGAAAUCCUUGAUCCUCUAUGCAAAGCAAGAGAAGAUCGAACUCCUGACACACAACGACUGCACGGACAUCCUGCCUGUAGGUGCGAUACGGGAACUGCUAGGACCCCACGACAAGGGCGCUGGGAUCCUCGCCUCCGCGCCAGACGCCAACGAUGGAAUCCAGGGCGAGAUCGAGACGCAGUGGGUAGUUAAGUACACCGCAGUCAUCAAGGACAGAGGAGUGGUGGAGAACAAAGGCUACUUUGCACUCGCUGAUGUUGGGAGCUGUGUCCAGGAACAGUCAUGAUUCAUCUUAAAGUAGUAAGAUUUGAGCCUUCUGAUCUCUUAUCUUUCUGCUCUUUCCAUUAUCUCAGUCGCAUAAUUGGUAUUUUCAUGAUUUCCUUGCAUUAAAAGCGUGGCGUUCUCU